ACCAUAAAUUGAACAGACCUAUUGAAAUUUCUGCUUCACAAGUGUGGAAUUUUGACCUAUUAAGACCUAUUGCUAACUGUUGAUCUACUGGGUCACUGGGUGGAAUUUUGAAUCUCUGUUUCAUUGUAUCUUCUUUUCAAUGCUGUGAUUCUCUCUUUGGGCUCCUCCACAUUCUUCAUAAUGAAGGCUUGUCCACAAGCUGUGUGGUGUCCACAUUGAAAAAAAGGCAGCUUUGUUUGAGUUUCAUGUGUCUAUUGGGUAUUUCUAUCAGCACAGAGGCAGACGUCAGUUAGAUAGACGCUCAGAACAUGAAGGUAAGUGUCUCUCAAGUUGAUAGAGGUGAGUAAUCAAGCAUUGUCAGGGAUACGGUGACAACACUACUGGCUGUCAAUUGAGAUUCGCUUUAGGUGGUAAUCUUCCGGAUUCUUACCAUUUCACCAAGAUAAGACAGAAAGAAGUUAAACCCACUUACUGUAAAUUGCUCUCCUAUUCUGACAUCUAUUACACAUGUUGGCAGUUUUCUCCAUUUCUCAACUAGCCUAUUCUACUAUAAAGAAGGAAACUCCCCUCAGAACGGGCGAAUUGAGACCACUAACCUACGGUUGCAGUUGCCAUUUAUUGGCAUUAUAUGUUAUGGUGAUAGAAAGGAAAAAGCAAAAAGCUAUUUAUUUUUUUUUUUUUAUAAAAGGACAGGAAAUAUAUGACUGUACACUUGUACAGCUCCAUUAGUGACAUCAUAAGCGAAUGUGGAGACAUGAUCUGAAAUUUGUCCAUCCUGUGCAAGUACAAAGCAAUAAAGAACAACUUCCAAAUAUUCUAAAUUUCAUCAAUUUUUUAAAUUUUUGUGUUGGCACAUUUAGUGUAAUAUGCAGUUCUCAAUUAACUGGAACAGAUUAUUGCUUUGAUAUGUAGAUGUAGUAGAAAAAAAGAUCAACAAAAUGAGGGUUAUCAAAAAUGUGAUGUUGCACAUCCACAAUAUUUUAAUCUAAAAGUAAUGAAUUUUCAAUGUGGUGUGAGGAUCUCCCAGAGAGUCCAUGUGAUUAGGUUACAGACUGUGACCUUAUCCUAUUAGAAGAUGAUGUCUUCUAAUUAUUUAUGAGAGCGUGUGGCACUUUCCUAUGAAAGAUGUUUUAAACUGUGAGAUCUUGUACUUUAGUUCAGAGUUGAGAAUUGGGAAUCACAUUUUUUUUUUUUUUUCAAAUAGAGAUUCUCCAGCGAUUCUGAACAGACAACUUGUUACUGCCUAUGCCUUGAGUGUGUGUUCUCCUUCAUGUGACGUCAUGUCUCCCCUAAUCUUUCUCUCUGAGUCUGAUUGUUUAGGUCCGCCCCGUGCACCUGCGUCUCAUGGCAUGAGUGCUGAUUAACUAUAUUAAGGACGCUGAAGCCGAGCAUGGCAAGGGAAGGAGAUCUAACAGCAAACAAGCUUUAUUACCCUUAUUUUUCUUUCUUGAUUUUGGUUUGUUAAUCUUUGUUGCAUUUAUACUUUGGAGUUGUUCCGUUGUCUGUUUGUGUUUAUUAUCUUUCGUUAGUUAUUUUGGAAACAUUUUCAUUUUUCUUUCUUGUUUUGAUAUGUUUCCUUUGUUAUGUUUAGUUUUGUUAUCUAAAUAAAUGUUUUUUUUUUGUUUUUGCUUGUUUGUUUUUGCAUUGUAUUUUGGAUUCACGUGUCCUCCUUUAUGUUGCGUUCCCCUUUCUGACUAAUUUAAAUGGAGGUUCCUAACACAACUAAACAAAAUAACAUGAUAUACUAGAGGACUGACAAAAUGUUAAUUGCUGCAGUCUGUUUAAAGAUGUUUAAUUUGAAUGAAUUAUUAAAAACAGUUUGAAUGAUUUAAUAACUCACUUAUAAAGCCUUCACUUGUUUCAUUACAUGGUAAAUGCCACCUACUGGUGUAACGAUGUAAUUGUACAAUCUUUAUCUGAAGCAUCAAGUUAUUUGGAAAAAAGUGAUUUGCUCCAUUUUGAUCACUACCGUAGACAUCAGUGUAUCCAAACUAUAAUUUUAUUCCAGUACUUCUGUGAUAAUUUGAAUAUUUGUAACACAGAAAUAACAAUACUGUGUGGUUAAAAAAGACUGUUUGUGAAGCUGUUUCCUACACAUAACUGCUUUGCCCGGUGGCAGUGGCAGCGCAAAUGCAGAUUUAAAUAUUCCAGUGUCAUUUUGUCAAAGGUUUAAAUAGACACAGGUGAAUUGUUGUCAUUUGUGAAUUGUUGUCAGAUGCCCACGGAAUAAGAUCCCGUGGGCAUCUGAAUCGAGAUUGCGAUAUUUUAAUGAUUAAUUGUGCAGCUGUAUUUCAGAGACACAUUAAUGCAUGCAAGUGAGUGUUUGUUUUUUCUUUUGCAAGAGUUUGAAUUGCGUAGCUUUCACCAAGAUCAUUGUUGCUAUGUAAUGAUUGUAUUUCUGGGUGGCAUAAAUUAAAUAUAAGACACCAAUGCAACCCUUUUGUACUGUGAAUGCAACCAGUCAAUUGACUUGUAUUUGUAAAUAAAAGCCAGAAAAUAAGUGUCAAAACUUAAGCCAAAAUUUAAUAGCGUGUUUGUUAAUAUUUUUGAUGUAGAGUACAAAUGCAAAAGAUGUUUGUAUUUGUGUGAUGUACUCUGAGCUUACAAAACCAUGUUGUAAGGAUAGCACAGACUCACACAGGUAAGUGAACCACAAGCAGUUUAUUUGUACAAUUGGAGACACAGGAAAAAAAUCAGUUCAAUUGUAAAGCAGCACUUGCAUGAAACAACUGGACAUUAAUUUAUUUCUAUUCACCAGGUGCAGACGAUGACUGGAGGAUGCCAGGAGAUGAGACAACAGGUGCAGACGAAGACUGAAGGAUGCCAGGAGGAAUCGAGAUAACAGAGGAAACAACUGGUUAGGUGCAGACACUGGAGACAACUGGAGAAACUUGGAGCAGAAAGGAUGCAGGCAGAUAUUAUUGACAGGAAUGAACUGAGGACAUUUUUUGAAACCAACUGCUCACAGAUUUAUUUUAUCUUCUAUGAAAAUUUCAUUACACUGGAAAGCAACUUAAAGCAAAAAGGGAACAAAUCUCAACGGGAGGAGCUGGACUCCAUCCUCUUUAUUUUUGAAAAAAUUCUUCAACUUCUACCUGAGAAAAUCAACAGUCGAUGGCAGUUUCACAGUAUAGGUUCUAUACUCAAAAAACUUUUGCACACUGGAAACUCUUUCAAGAUCCGCUGUGAGGGCAUGCGUCUGUUCCUGCUCUGGCUAGAGGCUCUGCAGAGUAACUGUGCAGAAGAACAGCUCCUCAUAUUCGCCUGCCUGAUCCCAGGAUUCCCUGCUGUACACUCAUCCAGAGGACCCUGCACACUGGACACCAUCAUAUACAACCCCUUUUCCAACCCGCCUGACGCCAAGAUUGUUCCAGAGGAGAUCACCCCACUGGUGCCUGCGGUUCCCGGAGAGAAGGUGGCAGAUGACCACACCUGCUCUGUCCUCCAAAUUGUACUCAAGGUCAUGGUUCUCCAGGCAUCCAGCUUGGACUGGAAAAACAAAGAGAACCAGGACACAGGCUUCAGAUUUCUCUUUUCCCUGUUCAAGAAGUACUACCUGCCUCAUCUCUUCCCUUCUUUCACAAAACACACCAACCUCUACAAGCCACAAUUAGAUCUUCCCAUUCACAGACCAAAGCCCCUCUACAUCCAAGUGAUGCGCAACAGCGAGAGUAUAUACUGCACUAGGGAUCAGUAUCUGGCUCCCCGUGUGGCCUUCAUCACGUGGCUUGUUAACUUCUUCCUGGAGAAGAAGUAUGUGAACUCUGCCACGAGCAGCUCUAAGAAUGGAGGAGAGGUCCUUCCUAAGAUCAUCCAGACUGUGACUGCGGGCGGCAUCAGUCAGGAGAAGAGCGCAGACUCUGAGCCCAACGGUCCUGUGGAACAGGAGAAGAGUCACUCAAACAGCAGCACACUGUCUGAUCGCAGAGGCAGCAACUCCAGCCUGUGUAGCAUCGAGGAGGAGCAUCGAGGCGUCUACGACAUGGUGCAGUCCAUCCUGCUCUCCACACGAGACAACGUCAACUUCGUCAACGAGGUCUUCCAUCAGGCUUUCCUGCUGCCGUCCUGUGAAGCCUCAGCCACUCGCAAGGUGAUCAAAGUGUACAGGAAGUGGAUUCUGCAGGAGAAACCCACAUUCAUGGCUGAGCCUGAGACAACAAGCCAGGAGGAAGACGGAGAGGAAGAGCCCAUGGUCUCAGAGACGGACAGUGUGCAUGUGCAGGUCUUGGAGACCCAUGGACAUAAACGAUCGUCCAGUUGGGGGCGCACAUACUCCUUCAGCAGCGCCAUCAGCAGAGGCUGUCUGACUGAAGAACAGAACCCGGAUGUGAAGGCUGGUAUCCAGUCCACUCUGCAGGUGUUCCUGACAAACUCUGCCAACGUGUUCCUGUUGGAGCCAUGUCAGGAUGUGCCCAAACUGCUGGAGAACCAGUUGGAGGUGUGCCGAGCUGUGCUCAGCGUCUACCGUCACAUUAUUAUGGAGCAAAACAUGAACCGCCAGACCUGGGAGCAGCUGCUGCAGGUGUUGCUGAGGAUCACAGAGGCAGUGAUGAAGAGACCACAGGAGAACCAAAGAAAGGACAUGUUCGCUCACAGCCUGGCCAGCAUCCUCUUCAAAACGAUCUUUGUGGCGUGGGUGCGGGCCAACCUGACCGUGUUUAUAUCUCGUGAGCUGUGGGACGAGCUGCUGGCUGUGCUGUCGUCUCUCAGCCACUGGGAGGAGCUGGUGUUCGAGUGGGCCAGCAUCAUGGACUCUCUCACUGCGGUUCUGGCUCGUUACGUCUACGGUCUGGACCUCCACAACCUACCACUGGACAAACUCUCAGAGCAGAAGGAAAAGAAGCAGCGUGGCAGAGGAGUGAUGCAGGACUCCCAGAAGUCUGCAGAUACAGCGCGGUCUUUCUCCUUGAGCUGGAGGAACUCUGGAGACCAGGGCGGCACUCAGGAACCCAUGAGGUUUCGCAGUGCCACCACCACUGGAGCUCCUGCGGUGGAGAAAGCUCGCAACAACGUCAGGCAGAAAGCGUCAGCUAAGCGAAGUCAGUCUAUCAGCAACUGUGUGCAUCUUUGUGAGGCUUUGCCGGCCACUAAGAGUGUGCCCAUGCUGCUCCACACUGUCAGCUCUUUCUUACCUGGUAUCUCUCACAACUCUCACUGCUCUCACAGACUCUCAGACGUGGAGGAGUGUCAGCUGUCAGAAUGUGAGAUGGGGGAUGGAGACAGUCCUCUGCCCCGCAGCAGUAGCACCUCUGACAUCACGCAGCAGAUCAACGACACCUUCCCAGGUCAGAAGAGAGAUGAGUCUGCGGAUACGGGCAGAACGUCUGUGUCAGAGAGCAGCUCUACAGGGAAAAGAGAGAGCGACGCUCCCACAAUUCUGAUCCGGCGGAGCAGCAGUCCAGCAGAUCUGGAUUAUCCAGCAGAUGGAGCGCAAACAUUCCUGAAAAUUAAACUGCGUGAGAAAAGUGAGAGUGUGAGCAGUGAGACGUCUAAUGGCUAUCUGAACGAUGCUGAAGUGGGUCUGCUGACGUGGCAUGCGGUUGAGGAGGAGCCGGACUCUCCCUCUACUCAUGACAUGAGCAUGAGUGUUACCGCGGAUACAGUGAGCCAGAGGAGCCUCCUGCUCAGCCACACUGAAGCACUGGCAGGGUCUGAUUGUGCAGCCCCUCCUCAAUGUCCCCCAGUGUCUCCGGCUCUCCUCGUGCCUCAUGGCUGCUGUGAGGGCCCUCAGCUCCUGGAGGAUGCCAUGAAUAUGCCUCACCAUCUGGAUAGCAGUGAGUUUCUGGCUGAUGAUGUCAGCAUCAUCGCCGGUGGCAGUUUGACCGGUUGGCACGCCGACUCAGCCUUCGUUCUCUGGAGGAGAAUCCUGGGGAUUCUUGGUGAUGUGAACAGCAUCCGCUGUGGCCGCAUCCACGCCAAGGUCUUCAGUUACCUCUAUGAGCUCUGGCACAAGCUGGCCAAGAUCAGAGAUAAUCUUGGGAUCAGAGGGGAUACAGACACAGCCAUGGCCAGACCCUUGUUCAUCCCUCCUCUUCGCAUGCUGGCCUCCUGGCUCUUCAAGGCUACCAUGCUGCCGUCAGAAUUCAAGGCUGGGAAGCUACAGGCGUAUAAGCUGAUCUGUGAGAUGAUGACGAAACAUCAAGACGUGCUGCCCAACAGUGACUUCCUGGUGCACCUCUACCACGUCAUGCACAAAGGCUUCACCAGCGACGAUCAGGAUGUGUUGAACACGAUGAUUAGGUGGUGCUCACCCCGUUUCUUCUUCCUGGGCCUGCCGGGCUUCAGCAUGCUGGUUGGAGACUUCAUCACCGCAGCUGCUCGCGUCCUCAACACGGACUCUUUUGAGGCUCCACGGAUCGAGGCUCAGACAGUUCUUGGUUCGCUGGUGUGCUUCCCUAACCUGUAUCAACAGAUCCCAUCUUUGCAGUCUGUUCCUGGAUCUGAGGAUAUUUUAGUUGGCAACGAGGACAUGAAGGACUACCUUGUAAACAUUCUUCUGAAGACUGCACGCAAUGAGACAUGUGAAGGAGCCAGGUGUGUAGCGAUCUGCAGUCUGGGGCUGUGGGUGUGUGAGGAGCUGAGACACACAGAAACCCACCAUCAGGUGAAAGAUGCAAUUAACGUCCUGGGUGUCACUCUGAAGUUUGGAAAUAAGGUGGUGGCCAAUGUGGCCUGUGACAUCUUUCAGCUACUGAUUUCUCACUGGCAGCACUUACAGAGGCUGGAGCUGUCCCUUCCCAAAAGAAUUAUAGAGAUUUUUGUAGCAACCAUAGCAUUUCUUCUGCCCAGUGCUGAACACUCAACAGUUGAGGCAGAUAAAAAGUUAAUGGUGUCUCUACUGCUGUGCCUGCUGGACUGGUGCAUGGCCGUACCUCUCUCCAUCCUACUGGAGCCCAUCACUAUGCCUGUGCUGGACGACCCCACCUCACAGAAAGCCCCUCUUCUCGACUACAUUUACAGGGUGCUGCACACUUGUGUAUCAGGGUCUAACCUGCACACUCAACAAAGUCACUACCUCCUCAGCCUUGCUGAUCUGUCGACAGACUACGAACCCUUCCUUACUCUAGGCAAUGUCAAGAGCUUUGAACCACCCCCCAUACACAAUGUAAUGGGAGACUUUGGAAAUCUCCUCACUGUGGCUGAAGAAAAGAAAAGGAGAAGCAUGGAGUUGAUUCCCCUGACUGCUCGGAUGGUAAUGACACACCUGGUCAAUCAUUUGGGACACCAUCCUCUCAGCGGCGGCCCAGCCCUCUUAAACAGCCUAGUCAGUGAGAACCACGAUAACCCCUACGUAGAGUCUUCCGAACUCUCCUCUGAAGUCUUCAAAAGCCCCAAUCUACAGCUCUUUGUCUUCAAUGACAGCACACUAGUCUCAUACCUUCAGAUCCCCUCUGAUAAUUCCAGCACGGCCGCAGUAAGUGCCAACCCAAGGGAUCAUUCCUCUGAGGUCCGCGUCAUUGUCAGGGACAUCUCUGGAAAGUACUCGUGGGACGGCGGUGUUCUCUUCUGCACAUUGGAUGGAACUGGCUUGAGUUCCAUUGUCAGCAGAGAUGAGUUGUCACAUGACACCGGUCGCUCUGAAAAGCAGAGCUCUGUUCGCUCCAGUAAUUGCUCCUCUGAGUUGGAAAUGGAGGAUGGUGUGGAUGUGUUGGACCAGCUACUGGAAGACCUCGGCCACAGCAGCCCUGAGUGCCUGCCUGAGCCCCAGCUGAGGCUCACUCAACCACCAUCUCCACCCAUGGGCAUGAACCCUGAGAUGGAAGGGCUCAUCAUGGAUGCCAUCCACAGACAGUCGAAGCAAGAGGAUGAGGAGCUGAUGCGGAGACAGAGUGAAGACCCCAGCAUCAGAGCAGAGAGACAGAGAGAGCCCACACACCAGGAGCCAAAAUCACCAUUUUACCUAUGCAGACUUCUCCUCAACGACCUGGGCAUGAACUCAUGGGAUCGCAGAAAGAGCUUUCAUCUGCUAAAGAAGAACUCCAAGCUCUUGAGAGAGCUCAAGAAUUUGGACUCAAGGCAGUGUCGAGAGACGCACAAGAUUGCAGUGUUCUAUAUUGGAGAAGGCCAAGAGGACAAAUUCUCCAUUCUCUCCAACACCGAGGGCAGUCAGGCUUAUGAGGACUUUGUCUCUGGGCUGGGAUGGGAGGUGAAUCUGGCCACUCACUGUGGCUUUAUGGGUGGUUUGCAGAGAAAUGGCAGCACAGGUAGCACAGCGCCAUACUACGCCACCUCUAACGUGGAGGUCAUCUUCCAUGUGUCGACUCGCAUGCCUUCUGACUCCGAUGACUCCAUCACCAAAAAGCUUCGUCACUUGGGAAACGAUGAAGUGCACAUUGUGUGGUCGGAGCACACGCGGGAUUACAGACGAGGAAUCAUUCCCACCGACUUCGGAGAUGUCCUCAUCAUCAUCUACCCGAUGAAAAACCACAUGUUCUUUGUUCAGAUCAUGAAAAAAACCCAGGUUCCUUUCUUUGGGCCUCUGUUCGACGGGGCGAUAGUGACUGGAACGCUGUUGCCGAGUCUGGUGCGGGCCACGUGCAUCAAUGCAAGCAGGGCCGUGAAAUCUCGACUGCCGCUCUACCAGAGUUUUUAUGAGGAAAGGGCUCUCUACCUGGAGGCCAUCAUUCAGAACCACAAGGAGAACAUGACCUUUGAGGACUUUGCUGCCCAGGUCUUCUCGCCUUCCCCCAGCUACUGGCCUACUGGAGGUGCAGGUUCCCUCAGCUGCAGCACGAGCGCUGACCUCAGUGUUACUGUGACGACCAACGACUCUGGCGACCAGGUCUCGCCCACAAUACCGCGCGCCUCUAAGCACCGGGUUUCCGGAAAGCUCCGCCGUUCAGCCAGCGCCAUCAGCAAGUCCUCAAACUGAACACUUCCUCCAGCCGUCAGACUGCAUUGUCCUUAAACUGUGUGGUUGAAUGUAUUAUUUGACUGGAAUGUCUUUCACCUGUAACAUUUUUUUGUGUGUGUGUUGAAGCCUCGUAACACUGAAAGAUGCAACUGUUGACGCGAUAUUAUGUACCUGUCGUGCGGAAAGAAAAACUAAAGCUCGACCAAGAGAAUAAUUUAUAUGCUGAAGCAAAUGUGAAAUUGAUUUAGAAUUUCAAAGUAAUGCCGCAUUUAGACUGCGUUUACGCAUUCAGAACUGUGAUUUUCCCAAUCAAGUAACAAAUAAAUGAUAUAAGACGUUUCAAAACCCCUGAGGCUUUAGCUAGUUUUGAACACUUGUGUCCUCCAGUUCUUUGAGACAAGCUUUUCUUCAUGUCAAACACUGAAAACCCAACCGUUGAUGUUCAGUCGCGCUCAAGUUUACAUUCCCUUUGCGGAAUCUGCAAAAUGUUCAUUAUUUUAACAAUGAGGGAUCGUACAAAAUGCAUGCUGUUUUUAAUUUAGUACUGUCCUGAAUAAGAUAUUUUACAUAAAAGAUGUUUGCAUAAAGUCCACAAGAC